AUUAGUCCCUUGGUAAGUCGACUUCUAGUUCUAUGGGACCUAUAAAAGUCAGAUGAUGAUUAACUCCUCCUUCCUUGUCCAAGUGAUAAUAUAAUGGAUAGCUCCAAAAACAGAGCUAUUCCAUCACUAAUUUCACAUAAUCAAAUUCAUCAUUUUCUUCUCCUAAUUCUUCUUUUUCAUUUCUCUACUACUUGUUCUCUUUCUUCCACAGCUCAAGAAACAGCUGUUGUUGGGUAUGGCUACAAAAUCAAAUCCAUUCACAGUCAGUACUCGGGCAAAUUGUUGACUGCCAAUCUUCAACUCAUCAAGAACAGCUCAACUUAUGGUCCUGAUAUUCAAUCUCUUACUCUCACUGCUAGUUACGACACAGCAGACCGUCUAAGAAUUCGAAUUACAGACGCCAAAAAGAAACGAUGGGAAGUACCCAAAGACAUAAUCCCUGGCCAAACCCACACCCAAUCCCAGCUCCGAUUCUUGCCGGAAAUUCAGUUUCCGGCGAAACCCAAUUCAGACCUGGUCCUGACCUUCCACAACACCACCCCAUUUGGCUUCAGCGUCUCCCGGAGAUCCACCGGAGAGACCAUUUUCGAUACUUCUCCGGUGAAUUCAAAACCAGAGACUCGCUUGGUUUUCAAGGAUCAGUUCUUACAGAUAUCUUCUUCUCUCCCAAAGGACCGGUCCAACCUGUACGGACUGGGAGAACAAACGAGGAAAUCGUUCAGGCUUAGGCCCAAUCAGACUCUGACUUUGUGGAAUGCUGACAUUGGUAGUGUGAAUACUGAUGUUAAUCUGUAUGGUUCCCACCCUUUCUAUAUGGAUGUGAGGUCACCAUCUGGAGCCACUCAUGGAGUUUUGUUGCUCAACAGUAAUGGCAUGGAUAUAGAUUAUAGUGGAGACAGAAUCACUUACAAGAUGAUUGGAGGGGUUAUUGACUUGUAUUUCUUUGCUGGGCCUAAUCCCGAAUCGGUGUUGGAUCAGUAUACUGAGCUCAUUGGCCGUCCGACCCCUAUGCCCUACUGGUCAUUUGGGUUUCAUCAAUGUCGUUACGGUUACAAGAAUGUUUCAGAUGUGGAAGGAGUUGUGGCUGGUUAUGCAGCAGCUAAAAUCCCCCUUGAAGUUAUCUGGACAGACAUUGACUACAUGGAUGCUUAUAAGGAUUUCACUCUCGAUCCUAUUAACUUUCCAGUCGAAAAGAUGAAGCGUUUUGUAGACAAAGUUCAUCAAAAUGGACAGAAAUAUGUCCUCAUCAUAGAUCCUGGCAUUGGUGUGAACAAAACUUAUAAGACCUACUUAAGAGGGAUGGAAGCUGAUGUUUUUAUAAAGCGCGAUGGUGUUCCAUACUUGGGGGAGGUUUGGCCUGGACCAGUUUACUUCCCCGAUUUCUUAAAUCCUGCUUCUUAUAAAUAUUGGCGUACUGAGAUCAAAUUGUUUCGAGAUGUUCUUCCUUUUGAUGGUAUCUGGUUGGAUAUGAAUGAGGUUUCCAAUUUCAUUAGCUCGCCUCCAAAGCCUUCUUCUAAACUUGACAACCCUCCUUACAAAAUCAAUAAUGCUUUUGGGCGACCGAUUAUUAAUAAAACCUUACCGGCAACAUGUUUGCAUUAUGGUAAUGUAACAGAGUAUAAUGCACAUAAUCUAUAUGGCUUAUAUGAAUGUAAAGUCACCAAUGCUGCCUUAGUCAAUGUGACUGGUAAAAGACCCUUUGUACUUUCUAGAUCAACUUUUGUUGGCUCUGGUAAGUACACAGCUCACUGGACCGGAGAUAAUGCAGCCACAUGGGACGAUUUGGCUUAUACCAUUCCAUCCAUUUUGAACUUUGGACUCUUUGGAAUUCCAAUGGUUGGAGCAGAUAUUUGUGGCUUCAGUGGAAACACCACCGAGGAGCUCUGUAGGCGAUGGAUUCAGCUUGGUGCCUUUUACCCCUUUGCAAGAGAUCACUCAGACAAGUUUACAAUUCGUCAAGAGCUCUAUCUUUGGAAUUCAGUGGCUGCAUCAGCUAGGAAGGUUCUUGGUCUCCGCUACCGGCUACUUCCCACAUUCUACACAUUAAUGUACGACGCACACAAAAAGGGAACUCCCAUUGCAAGACCUCUUUUCUUUUCAUUUCCUAAAGACACCAAAACUUAUAACAUCAGUUCACAAUUUUUACUUGGUAAAGGAAUAUUGGUGUCACCUGUAUUGAAAGCUCAAACAUAUUCAGUCAAUGCAUACUUCCCAGCAGGAAACUGGUUUGAUAUGUUCAACUACUCGAGCUCCGUGAGUGUAACAUCAGGUCAGUAUGUCAUGCUAAGUGCUCCUGCAGAUCAUAUUAAUGUUCACGUUAGAGAAGGCAAUAUCUUGGCCCUGCAAGGAGAAGCAAUGACAACUCAAGCAGCUCGUAAAACAGCUUUCAACAUCUUGGUCGUUUCUAGUAUGAGCACAAAUAGCACCGGGGAAGUGUUUUUGGAUGAUGGCGAGGACGUGAAGAUGGGAGAGGAGGGAGGAAAGUGGAGUUUAGUAAGUUUUUCUAGCUCAGUAGGAAAGGAUGGGGUCGUUAUUGGUUCAAACAUUUCCAAUGGACAAUUUGCUCUGACUCAGAAGUGGAUCAUUAGUAAAAUCACCCUAAUAGGACUGGAAAAAGCUAAGAAGGUGAAAGAGUAUAAGCUAUAUUCGGGAGGAACGUUGAUAAAGGAUUCUAGCAUCAAAACAAGUUUUUAUAGCUUUGGGAAGUUCAGCACAGUGGAGAUGACUGGUUUGCCACUGCUUAUAGGUGAAGAAUUCAAGUUGGUUCUCACUUUUGGCUAGAGUAGUGAGUACUGUCCAGAAUUAGAAGGUAAAUAAGAAAUUGAGUGAAAAACAAAUUAAAGAACUAGUCUAAAUAAAAAUAUGGUCAGUGACCCUUGUUCUUAUUCAAUGGUUACUUAUUUCUUCUGUUUA